AUCACCACGAACGAAGCUUAUCUUCCAUUACACUCUCAAUAGCAGUGGGCUAAUCUACCUGUUAGCAUAUUGCAAAAUACUUUUAGCUGCUCGCCUGGGUCCAGUACUUCAAGCGCAAUAGACGGACGAGAUUUCCUGUGGCCACCAGCAUGACCUCCUUGAUUCACACCGGGGACACCAAGUUCACCGUCUUUAUCCGCCUACCAUGCCCCAGGGGGGACUUUGUGGAUCCUCCACCGAUGGAAUGGAAUGCAGCUAAAGAUCAGGCUCUAUGGGAUAUUCUUUCGCGCCCCUCCAAAGGCGAUGAUCUAGAUUGGAAAGCAUUAGCAGACCACUUCGAAGUGACACUUCAGUUCUUACUUCAGCAGGCAGCAUGGCUUUACGACCGCCAGCUAUCGCAAGUACGGGCGCAAAUGCGCAAGGUACCGACCACACAAUCGACAUCUACUUCUCCCGCCCCUGGCUCGAUAGCCGGCAGCACUGCCCUUGGUCAAGCCAAAGGGCCCACAAACAAUGCCCCAAGAGCUCCAAGUCGCCUGGCCUCGCAGCAGAAAGAAUCAUUGCCGCAACGAGCUCCCAUUCCCAGACGUACAAGCUCGACGACAACCAUCAGCCAACUGAAACCCACCCGGGAACCAUCGCGCAACGAGCCACCUGUUUCCGAGCCAAAAGAGCCAGGCCGAGAUAUACAUGCUCCACGGCCAUCGGUAAGCCGAAGAGACCCUCCUCUUCAAAAGUCACCGACUCUUGAAGAGGAAGAUCUGACAUCUACUUCGUCUGAGUUUGAGUCCGACGAUGACGAGCGAAUGGCAAGUCGACGGGGACUUAGAUUCAGACCAUUCGGCAAGUUCUCCACGCAUAAGCCUGGCUUGAGAGAUGAAGAGGAAGACGAUGAUGACUCGCCCGCCUUCCUCCCCCUAUCCUCAGGCCCAGCGCUUGUGCGCACUCACCCCUCAGGCCAGGAUCUUAACGCUACGUUACGGUUGAACGAGGAAGAAUCUGCGGCCUCUAAGCGACGCCCUACAGAACAGCAUCAUGUACCCAAGAGAGCCCCCACAACGGAAUCAUCAACGAGUUCUGUCAGCUCCGGGGCUCCAGUGGCCCUUGCAUCUACUGAUCGUCGACGACAUUUGCAUCAAAGCGGUGGCCCCCUGAGUCCUCGUCGCACCGCCGAGUUAGCUCAUCUCAGUCCGCGACGAUCUAUUGCAUCAGCUGGCCGAGAAACUAGCGAUGGGACGCCCAGCAUGGGGAGCAGCUUCAGUGACUUAGAUGAUGCAAGCGUCACUCAGUCGGCGCUCGAAGAGGCUUUGAUGAGUAAUAUGCAGCAUGGAGGAAUGGCAAGUCGCAUGAGCACCAUCAGUCAGGCCUUACGAAGUCGAUACCUGCCUUGACCUAGGACUCUGUUCUUUUUUCUUUUUGGUGAUGGUUCACAUUUUGCCUCCAUUUGAACCAGAUAGCUCAACCAAGCAAGGGUCUUAUUAAUAUUGUUGGAUGUAUCCAGAUCUUUUCUCCCUGAGACCCUUGAAUCAUGCUGUGAACCAGGGAUUACAAGCGAAUGCCAUAUAUUGCACGUAUUCAAGUAUACUCAAUUCCAGACCUCCCAUCUACUGCGACAGCUCUGCCCAG